AUGAUAUCAUCAACAACAUCUCCUAUUAUUAUUCCAGUUUCAUCUAUUAUUCGAGUUCUCGGAAGAAAUUAUGAUGAAUCGAUUUUAUUAACGUCAAAAUAUAAUCAAUCAAUAUUACGUGAUCGUCGUCGUCGUCAAUCAAGUACAAUUGAUAAUCAAACGGGUAUACAACAAAUCAAUUCUUCACUUUUUCAUAAAAUAUCUGAUCGUAUGAGAAUAACACGACCAGAUCAAGUAUAUGUUUAUCCUCGACGAUCAUAUCGUCGUCAGAAAAGACAUAAUCCAUAUCUAUUCACAACACCUAUCGAACAAAAAAAUGUUAAAAUUGAUUUAAAUGAUAAUAAUAAUAAUAAUAAUAAUAAUAAUAAUGACUUAAUUAAUCAAUGUGAACAAAAAUCUAUUGAAAAUUUAAAUAAUGAAAUUAAAAAUGAAACAAUUCUAAAUAUUCAUGAAGAUCAAGUUGUAAUACCAAAUGAAUAUAUACAAUCAAAUAAAAUAACUAAACGACGAAUAAUUAUGAAUUUCAAUUGUCAAAAUUGUCAACAAAAAUUUAAAACAAAAAAUCAAUUGAAUUCACAUGCAAUUAAAUGUCAAAGUGAAUCUGAACAAAAUGAAUAUACAACUCGUCGGCAUUUUUCUAAAAGUGAAUCAUUAUUAGUUUCAUUACUUAAACAAGAAGCAAUUUCAGAAAAAAAACAAGAUAUUCAACCAAAUAAUAUAUCAUCAAUUACGAUGAUGCAACCAAAUACAUCUAGUAAAAAAAUAAAACAUAUCGAUGAUAUGAUUACAGUUGAUUCAAAUAAUAUACAAAUUAAAAUAGAAAAAAAUGAUAUAGAUUUUAUUUUAAAAGAUUCAAAAAUAUCAAAGAAAACAAUGAAUAAACACCAGUCAAUAUCUUCUUUUCAAUCUCAAACAAAAUCAUUAUCAUUAAUAACUUGUACAAUAUGUGGUGGAGGAAAUAUAUGUAAUGAUGAACUUAUUCAUUGUUCAGUAUGUCAACAAAGUAUGCAUGCAUAUAAUUGUCUCGGUUUUGAAAAUAAUAAAAUUUUAAAAACAAUAAAAACAUAUUCAUGGGAAUGUGUUGAUUGUAAAAAAUGUAUUCAAUGUGGUACAGUUGAACAUGAUGACGACUUACUUUUUUGUGAUCAUUGUGAUCGAGCUUAUCAUUUGGAUUGUUUAAAUCCACCAUUACGUGAACCACCACCCGGUGAAUGGUAUUGUCAAUUAUGUGUAUGA